AUGCCCCCGCAGAAGCCUUACGAAGGUCCUUCCCGCAAGCUCGUGCUUGCGUUUGAUGUGGGCACCACUUAUAGUGGAGUUGCCUAUGCGACUCUUGACCCCGGGGAGACCCCCAAAAUCCAAGCUGUAACGCGAUUUCCCGGACAGUCAAAUAGCGAUUUUAAAAUCCCGUCUGUUCUCCUUUAUACUCAGGACGGACAAGUGCGAGCGGUAGGCGCGGAGGCCAAAGAUCCUCGCAUGGAAAUGGCCAUCGAGGACGAAGACUUGAUCCUUGUAGAAUGGUUCAAGCUGCAUCUGGUCCCCAGCUCUAUGGAAUCGUCCAUCGGGCUGAAGGACCUCGAUGUCCAACACAAACUCCCUCCCGGGAAGACCAUAGUUGAGGUCUUCGCGGACUUCCUAUCGUACAUGUACAAGUGCGCACGCGAUUACAUUAUGGAGGCUAGUCCGAACGGCACUAGCCUUUGGAACUCCGUGCAGGACCGAAUCGAGAUUGUCCUCGGCCACCCCAACGGGUGGGAGGGUUUACAGCAAGAAAAAAUGCGUGAAGCAGCCAUCCUCGCAGGGCUUGUGCCGGACAAUCAUAUCGGCCAGUCUCGUGUUCAUUUCGUUUCCGAGGGCGAAGCUAGUUUGCACUAUUGUGUAGACAUGGGCAUGACGAAGGAUUUUGAGGAUGGGACUAGCGCCAUAGUUAUCGACGCCGGCGGCGGUACCGUCGAUCUCAGUACCUACUGCUUCCGGAAUAUGUCUCCCAUUUCUGUAGAAGAAACUGCACCUGCAGAGUGUGUCCUUCAAGGUUCAACUCGUGUCAAUGUCCGAGCGGCUGAGCUUCUGCGCUCCAAACUCGCAAACACGAAAUUCAGUAACGAGCUCGACAUCAAGGCCAUGCUCGACACCUUUGAGAAAACUGCAAAGCCCAACUUCAAGGACUCUGCGGAAGAAUCUUUUGUUAAGUUUGGAUCGAUACGAGACCGAGAUCCCGGUGUUGGUAUCAAGAACGGCCAACUAUCGCUCGAAGGCGCUGAGGUCUCCAAGCUGUUUGAGCCGUCCAUUGAAGCUAUAGUCGACGCUGUCCAGAAGCAGAAGGAGGAGACUCUUGAGCCCAUCUCUUUCGCGUUCCUCGUCGGCGGCUUCGCCGCGAGUGCCUGGCUCUUCACAAAACUCAAGGAGCACUUGAGCGUGUUUGAUAUCAGUCUUUCCAGACCAGAUCAUCAUGCGAACAAAGCCGUCGCCGUAGGCGCCGCAUCAUUCUUUUUAGAGCAUUUCGUUUCUGUACGUGUCGCGCGCUGGACGUAUGGCUCGUCGUGCUCCGUGGAAUAUGACGACAGCAAUCCUGAGCAUCGACUGCGCCAACACAAGACAUACAUGAUGCCCUCGGCUGUUCGUGUCAUUCCGGAGGGGUUCAAGAAUAUUGUCGCCAAGGGGACCCGCCUGAGAGAAGGCGAGGAACGCAUCGAGUCGUUCGAGCGCGAAGUAGAGGACCCGUGGGGCCUUAACCACAUCGCAAUGGAGAUUACCUGCUACCGCGGCAAGAACAAGGAGCCGCACUGGGUAGAUUUGGAACCUGAGUACUUCUCAGAUCUCUGUAUUGUCACAGCUGACACCUCUGGCGUGACCAAAGUCAGGCAAUUUGGCCCACUUGGCCCGUACUAUGCGCAAACCUUUAAGCUUGUCCUGUCAUGCGGAAAGACCGAAACGACGGCUCAUAUCCGCUGGGAAGAGAACGGCAUCGAGAGGCGCGGUCCCGCAAAAAUUGUUUACGACGAUGACGCCCGCAUUGCGCAGUAACUACUGGUA